UGUGUGGAAAGGAUUGAGCCUAUAAUUAUUACAAAUUGUCAGUCGUUUUGGGUAAGUUGUAGAGUGAUUCUGAGACUCGUGUUUGUUCGUUUGUGAGCGUACGCAAUGACAUCUGUGACGCAGAGUACCGGUAUGUUAACGAGGGAACAACUUUUCCAUCUUUUUGAUCGUUUCAUUUUUCUUACUUCCAAGCCUGAUGUGAAGAAAAGGGUUGCAGAGGCUGUACAGGAUAAGCAGGAAGCUGUUGCUGUGACCACUGCAAUACAGGAAGAGAUAUUUUUGGAGAUGGGUGUUGACCCAAGAUUUGGCAUCUCAUGCCUGGGAAAACUCAGUACGGUAUAUGAGAAUGACCUGGAUUUGGUGAUUCAAUUUUAUAAAUUCCUUUCAAAAGAAGAGGUGGCUUGUGAUGAGGCAGAGCUUGGAGAAGAAGAAUUUGCAGAAAAAAUGCUCAAUCAACAGAAGUUACAGGAACAGCAACUAGAGAUGCUGAAGUACAUGCGCAAGUUUCACUUGGAAGAUCAAUCUGCCAUCCUUGAGAAGUUACACCAGCAGAUCCGAAAUGGAACUUAUGAAAGUGGGACAUCUAUGUUGUCAGCUGAGCAGAUCGACGAGAUUGUUCCAAGAAAGGCAUCCCCUCAAUAUACGCCAAGCAGGUUUUCCUACCUCAGUGAUCAGCACAGAACGACCAAUAAGAAAAACUUAAAUACAUAAUACACGGUCCUGUUGUGUGGCAUUUGUAUAUGAGGAGCUGUAUGAAGGAGAAAGGAGCUAGAACUACUGAAUCCUGGUUACCAAGCUAAUCCACGAAAGGAAAACCAUAGUGGAAAAGUAUUUGGAUGCUUUCAUUUCUUAUUGUGGGAUCGAUUUUUUAAAACAUUGGAAAUACAGUUGUGAUUAAAAUAACUUAUUUAAAAUGUUUUAUGAAGUUUGAUUUUAUGAAUUGGAAAUAAAAACGUUUCCUUGUACUUGUCAAAUAACUCUUCAGCGCUCUUCUAAAUUCCUAAAGAAAUGCACUGUUGCCAACUGCUGGAUA